AUGGCACCGGAACCGAACAAGGCGAGCGGCAGUGGAAGCGGCGGCGCAACCAAAAAUGAUGCGCCGUUGAAGGCGCCGCCGUCGAAAAAGAAGGAGGAGAAGAAAGACGACGAUUUAUCAGAGGAGGACUUGGCAUUGAAACAGCAAUUGGAGUUGUAUGUGGAAAGAGUUCAAGAUCCUGAGCCUGGAAUUCAAAAGCUUGCUCUUGAGAGCUUGAGACAGGAAAUUCGAAGCUCAACAAGCUCAAUGACUUCAGUUCCGAAGCCAUUGAAGUUUCUUCGACCUCAUUAUGGAACCUUAAAAGCACAUUAUGAAAAAAUGGCCGACAUUGAUUUGAAGAAAUACUUGGCAGAUAUACUCUCAGUUUUGGCGCUGACCAUGUCUGCAGAGGGUGAACGGGAAAGCUUAAAAUACAGAUUGUUGGGUUCAGAGGGUGAUAUUGGUUCAUGGGGCCAUGAGUAUGUAAGGAACUUGGCUGGAGAAAUUGCUCAAGAGUAUACAAAGCGACAGAGUGAAGAGGCCUCGAUUGAUGAUCUGAUUGAGCUUGUACAACAGAUUGUUGCUUUUCACAUGAAGCACAAUGCCGAACCUGAAGCUGUGGACCUUUUAAUGGAGGUUGAAGACCUUGAUAUUUUAAGUAAGCAUGUGGAUAAAACAAAUUUCAAGAGGACUUGUCUCUACCUCACCAGUGCAGCAAAAUACCUUCCUGGACCAGAUGAUUUGGUAGUUCUUAAAAUAGCAUAUGAGAUAUAUCUCAAAUUUGGAGAGUAUUCUAGUGCACUUCAGAUUGCAUUAUUCCUCGAUAACUUGCAGUAUAUCAAGCAGGUUUAUACUUCUUGUGAUGAUGUGCAGCAAAAGAAACAAUUUUCUUACAUCCUUGCUCGACAUGGUACUGCUUUUGAGCUUGAUGAUGAUAUUACUUCAGAUGAUGUACACAGAGAAGUAUUGGAGGAAAUAAUCAACAACACCAAACUAAGUGAGGGUUAUCUUACCCUUGCUCGUGAUAUUGAGGUCAUGGAGCCCAAAUCACCUGAAGAUAUCUAUAAGGCACACUUGCUUGAAGGCCGAGCUAGUGCUGGUGCUAGUGUUGAUUCAGCCAGACAGAAUUUAGCUGCUACAUUUGUUAAUGCCUUUGUAAAUGCAGGUUUUGGACAGGAUAAGUUAAUGACACCUCCAACAGACUCUUCAAGUGGUGGUUCAGCAAAUUGGCUUUUCAAGAAUAAAGAUCAUGGGAAGACCAGCGCUGGAGCAAGCCUGGGAAUGAUUUUAAUGUGGGAUGUUGACUCUGGGCUCGCUCAACUUGACAAGUAUUUCCACUGUAAUGACAACUAUGCGAUUGCUGGUGCCCUACUAGGGGUUGGAAUUGUCAAUUGUGGUAUCAGAAACGACUGUGAUCCUGCCCUGGCACUUCUUGAUGAUUUUGUUGAUAAAGAAGAUUCAUCUGUCCGAAUUGGUGCAAUAAUGGGGCUGGGAAUUGCAUAUGCUGGUACUCAGAAUGAGCAGAUAUGCAGUAAAUUGUCCCUGAUACUUAAUGAUGCAAAAGCUCCACCUGAUGUAAUAGCAUUUGCUGCAAUCUCAUUGGGCUUGGUAUUUGUGGGUUCCUGCAAUGAAGAGGUUGCACAGGCCAUGAUAUUUGCAUUAAUGGACAGGAGCGAGUCAGAAUUGCAGGAGCCCCUUACUCGAUUUUUGCCUCUUGGCCUUGGUCUUCUAUAUCUUGGGAAGCAGGAAAGGGUGGAGGCCACAGCAGAAGUGUCAAAAACAUUUAAUGAGAAAAUAAGAAAAUACUGUGAUAUGACACUGCUUUCCUGUGCCUAUGCUGGGACUGGGAAUGUUCUUAAGGUUCAAAACCUUCUUGGACAUUGUGCUGAACACCUCGAGAAAGGUGAAACUCACCAGGGACCAGCUGUGCUUGGGAUUGCUAUGAUAGCAAUGGCUGAGGAAUUGGGCCUUGAAAUGGCAAUUCGCUCAUUGGAACAUCUGUUGCAAUAUGGGGAGCAGAAUAUCCGUAGAGCAGUUCCUUUGGCCCUUGGACUCCUCUGCAUAUCAAACCCUAAGGUUAAUGUUAUGGACACGUUAAGUAGACUCAGCCAUGAUACAGAUUCAGAAGUUGCAAUGGCUGCGGUUAUCUCCUUAGGUUUGAUAGGUGCUGGAACUAACAAUGCUCGUAUCGCUGGAAUGCUUCGCAAUCUUUCCAGCUAUUAUUACAAAGAUGCCAACCUUCUUUUCUGCGUGCGAAUUGCCCAAGGUCUGGUACACUUGGGGAAGGGCUUAUUGACCCUCAAUCCAUAUCAUUCUGAUCGCUUCUUACUAUCACCAACUGCACUUGCUGGUCUAACAAGCAUGCUUCAUGCAUGUCUUGAUAUGAAAGCAAUCAUUUUGGGGAAACAUCACUAUGUCCUCUACUUCCUUGUUUUAGCAAUGCAGCCAAGAAUGUUGUUGACAGUGGAUGAGAAUCUCAAGCCUUUAUCUGUACCUGUUCGGGUGGGACAAGCAGUCGAUGUUGUUGGUCAAGCAGGAAGACCCAAGACCAUCACUGGUUUCCAGACCCACUCAACCCCAGUUCUUCUGGCUGCUGGUGAUCGGGCUGAACUGGCUACCGAGAAGUAUAUUCCUCUUUCGCCCAUUCUUGAAGGUUUUGUCAUAUUGAAGGAGAACCCAGAAUACAGAGAAGAUCAGUAG